CAUGACUUUCCCUAUUUCUUUUUUUCUUGCUCUCGUUGGCACCAGGACACAGGGCAGAUCCUUGGGGGGCCGCACUGGCACCACCUCCCCACGGACCACCCCGAGCAACUCCCCGUCCCUGAGGAAGCGCCUCCUGCUGCUGCCCCCACGGCCUCUGCCGGAGUCGCCCUCGGAGACCAUGGUGGAGAAGGGGUCGGAGAACACCUUGGAGCGGGGCCCUCAACCGGGGCCCCCGCCUAGCACCCCCCUCAACUACCCGCUCAGUGGGCGCAGCUUCAUCCGCAACAACAAGAAAAUGCAGAGCUGGUACAGUAUGCUGAGCCCCACGUACAAGCAACGCAACGAGGACUUCCGCAGGAUCUUCAAGGGGCUCCCGGAAACCGAACGACUCCUUGUAGAUUACUCCUGCGCGCUGCAGCGUGAUAUCUUACUCCAGGGGCGGCUCUACCUGUCGGAGAACUGGAUCUGUUUUUACAGCAACAUCUUCCGAUGGGAGACCACGAUCUCCAUCCAGCUGAAGGACGUGAAAUACAUCAAGAAAGAGAAGACCGCGAAGCUGAUCCCCAAUGCCAUUCAGAUUUGCACAGAGAACGAGAAGCACUUCUUCACAUCGUUUGGGGCCCGCGACCGCUCCUUCAUGCUGAUUUUCCGCCUCUGGCAGAAUGCCCUUCUAGAAAAGACGCUGUCGCCCCGAGAACUCUGGCACAUCGUCCACCAGUGCUACGGCUCCGAGCUCGGCCUCACCAGUGAAGACGACGAUUACGUCUCUCCCAUCGAUGAGAUCAAUGGCUUGGGGAGCCCCAAAGAGAUUGGGGAUGUCAUGGACCUCAGUGACUUGACUUCUCGCUGCGGCACAGACCUCAAGCUGGACGCCAGCCCCCUCCUGGACAAAAGGGACGCCAGUCAGAGCAUCAAUUCACUGGCCAGCAGUAGUGACGGGACCACCUCGCUGGCAGAGGACCCAGAAGAAAACACGGACAGCCAGGUAGAUGCCUCGUCCAGCCACACAGUGACCUCAACGACGGAACCCCUCAUAGAAGAUGUCCCACCAGGGCUCCCGGUGGCCCCCCUGGAGGGGGAGCCGGUUCCCAGCGAGGAACUCCCUACCGACAUGAGCAAUUCCUCCUCUUCCACACAGGACGAAGCUGAAGUGGACGCCUUCUUCUCAGACCUGCCGGGGCGGCUUCUCAUCAAUGCCGUUUACCACAUGGGAGCGGAGCGGCUGCAGCAGAUGCUUUUCAGCGACUCCCAGUUCAUGCAUGGCUUUUUCAACCAGCGCAAGUUCACAGAUGUGACGCUGACUUCGUGGAACGGCGACAACAAGUGCCACCAGAGCCGGGUCAUGUCCUACACCAUCCCCAUCAACAACCCGUUGGGACCCAAGGCCGCCACCGUGGUGGAGACCCAGACGCUGUUCCGGGCCAGUUCAAAAAACGGGAGCUGCGUGGUCGACUCUGAAGUGGUCACCCAGGGCAUCCCCUACCAGGACUACUUCUACACGGCGCAUCGGUACUGCAUCACAGGGGUGGCCAAGAGCAAGGCCCGACUCAGAGUCUCUUCCGAAAUCCGGUAUCGGAAACAGCCUUGGAACCUAGUAAAAGCGCUCAUUGAGAAAAACGCUUGGAGUGGGGUCGAGGAAUACUUCCAGCACCUGGAAUUGGCCCUGGUCCAAGCUGAGAAGGCCCUGCUAGAAGAGAGCUGCCACGGCAAGGAGCCCCGGGGCCUCUUGUCUGGACUGCGCCGCCGAAAACGCGCCCUGAGCUGGAGAGCCCCCCACAUCGAGCCCACCUUACCCACGUUGCCCGACGGUGAGGGGACGUCCCGCGCCAUGCAUCCUUCAGGCAGCCUUACCUCGAGGCUCUCCGAGCAGCUGUCGGAGCAAGGCCAGGGUCAGAGCGUCUCCACCGUCAUCCUCAUCAUCAGCCUGGUCUUGGUGGUUCUGGUCAUCCUCAACAUGAUGCUGUUCUACCGGCUCUGGUCGCUGGAGCACACAGCCCGAACCUUCGAGUCCUGGCAGGCGUUUGCCCUCUCUAACGGGAAGCUACCCCAGACAGCGUCGGAAUGGGCCGAGAUCCUGGAGCUGCAGAAGCGGUUUCACAGCGUGGAGGUGCAGAAGUGGAAACAGAUCCUGAAGGCCUCCGUGGAGCUUCUAGACGAGAUGAAGGUCUCCCUGGAGAAGCUGCACCAGGGCAUCGCUGUGGCCGAUCCGCCGCUGGAGCCGGAGUGAACCCAUGACGACUCUCCUCUCUGGAGGACGCUGCUGGUGUUUGGGAGAAGAGACACCCCGGCUUUGCCGGGCUCGAGAACUGACUCGGAAAUGGCUGCUGGAGCAGAGGCGCC